CUUACCUGUUAAAAAAAACAAAAAACUCCCAACCCCAUUGGCUCAAUCAUUCAUUAUAUUUAUGCACAUGCUCACACCCAAAAACUAAACUAAAACUAAAUAAAAACACACAAACACAGUUACACACACACACUUUCUCUAUCCCCUCUUUCUCCCCUUUUGGAAGUGAUGGAGUGUAGUAAGCUAAAACUAUUGCUAUUCUUAGCAAUGGCAUCAACUCUAGUAGUAGUGUCAAUGUGUGAGAAAACAGCAAUGAAGAACAAAGGUGAAUGCACUUUUCCGGCAAUAUUCAACUUCGGCGACUCAAACUCCGAUACCGGAGGCUUCUCCGCCACCUUUGGACAGGCUAGACUGCCUCACGGCGAAACCUUCUUCCACUCCCCUGCUGGAAGAUAUUGCGACGGCCGCCUUGUCAUUGAUUUCAUUGCACAAAGCUUGGGACUUCCGUACCUGCACGGCUACCUUGAUGCUAUUGGAUCAAACUUCAGCCACGGAGCGAAUUUCGCCACCGCAGGUUCCACCGUUAGACCUCAAAACACCACUCUUCAUCAAAGUGGGUUUAGCCCUAUUUCUUUGAACAUUCAAUUCUAUGAAUUCAAUGAUUUUCAUCAACGCUCCCAAAUUAUUCGCAAUAAAGGAAAUAGUGUUUUCAAAGAGUUGUUACCAAAAGGAGAUUAUUUCUCAAAGGCAUUGUAUACGUUUGAUAUUGGUCAAAAUGAUAUUACGGCUGGAUUUUUCCUUAAUAUGUCAACCGAUGAAGUAAAAGCAACAAUCCCAGAUGUAUUAGAUCAGUUUACUACCGUCGUUAAGGACAUAUAUGAACAAGGAGGAAGGUAUUUUUGGAUACACAAUACGGGUCCGGUCGGAUGCCUACCGUACGUAAUGGACCGGGUGCUAAUCACGGCGGGUCAAGUGGACAAAGUAGGGUGUGGAAGCCCAUUUAACAAAGUGGCCCAAUUUUUCAAUCAGAAGUUGAAGGAAGUUGUGGUCUAUCUUAGAAAAAAGUUAGCCCAUGCGGUCAUAACAUAUGUUGACGUGUACUCGGUUAAGUAUGACCUCAUUAGCCAUGCUACAAAACAUGGUUUUGAGCAUCCACUAAGAGCAUGUUGUGGGCACGGAGGAAAGUACAAUUACAACAUGCACAUUAGUUGUGGAGGAAACGUUACAAUAAAGGGAAAACACGUUUUAGUAGGAAAAGCUUGUAAAGAUCCUUCUGUAGCAAUCAACUGGGACGGUGUCCAUUACACUGAGGCUGCCAAUAAAUGGGUCUUUGAUCGGAUCGUCGACGGUUCUUAUUCGGAUCCUCCCACUCCUUUGAAAAUGGCUUGCCAUUGAUUAGCUUAGCUUAGCUUAGCUAGCUUUGGUUACGUACGCAAUGUGUUGUAACAUUACCAUGACAGCCAUGUCUGGUAGUCACAGCUUUGAAAAAAGACGUGAUUAACUUAACAGUGUUUCUUACUCGUUUUUUUUCUUUUUAAAGUACCAACUUAGCCUUUAGAGUAAAAUGGGCAUUGUUACUUUGUAAACCCAAUUAAAAUAAUCCCAUGUAACUAGCUUGCUUAGAGAUUUUAAUUAAGUUGUUGAAGUCUGUUAACUAAUGCAAUAAUGUAAUUACCCUUUCGACUUGGUAAUUAUUCUCA